AUGGUCAAAUCUAAGAAGAACCAAGUCCUUGAGUUGGACUUUGACAAGCUUGAGAAGCUCGAGCACGUUGGACCGGUGCCCAAGUCCAGAUCGUCUUCCAUCACCUCAAUCGAGUCGGAGGACGGUAGCAUCAAGGAGGUGUUGAAGCCUCCACCAAGAAAGGACUUCGAUGACCUUAUUGCCUUCGAGUCGUAUAUUCGUGAUGAGACUUGGGAUAACGACUACGACUACUGCCACGCUCAUUUAUCCUACUACCCACCUUUCAUCAUGAAGGAGAUUAAGGGCAAUUUGGAGAAGAUCAAGCCCACAAUGAACAAGAACUCGAGAAAGUUUAGACGUAACUUGCAGCACCACAUCAAGCGCCAUUUGAUGGCUGAGAUGGAGAAGUGCUCAGGCUUCCAGAUGGACUUUGGUAAGGCUGUUGUUGAAGAGUCGCCAAAGAACAUUGUCUGGAAAUUCAAAGAUGAAGGCAAUCAUGGCUUGCCCGAAGAGGAGGAAGACUUGUACAAUAGACACUGGAAAUUGGAGUUGGAGGUCAAAUGCAACAACGAGACCCCAAUGGUUGAGGUUGACUACAAAGCGAUUCCUAUGUGA